UCUUCAAGUUGUAUAACUCUCCAGGAAAAGAAAUAUUGGUGGCUUGGUUUAUAUGUAGAAGUUCAGGAAUUACCUCUAGAUAAUUAAUAAUACGCUAUGGCUCUUGCUCUGAAAAGGGUCGAUUGGAACUGUUUUCUGCCUGGUUGUCUGAAGGCCAAGGAAACAUGUCCUCCUCCUCCAUCAGAGCCGAGAGUUCAGGAUGAUAAAAAUCAAAUGUCUAUGCGGAGAUUUUCACUUUCUGAUGUGAGUAAUAUUAGCUCUCCGAUAUCUUUGAGCGAUUUGUCAAGCUCUCUAGUGGGAUCAAAUCUUCAUAUAUUUACUCACAAGCAGCUGGAAGUGAUGACGAAUAAUUUUUCCAAAGGUGAGUUUCUUGGAGAAGGAGGGUUUGGUCCAGUUUAUAAAGGAUUCAUUGAUGAUGAGCUCAGGCCUGGCUUGAAGGCUCAGCUUGUUGCAGUUAAAGUCCUGGAUUUGAAGGGCUCUCAGGGGCAUAGGGAAUGGCUGGCUGAAGUAAUCUUUCUUGGACAAUUGAAGCAUCCUCAUCUGGUGAAUUUGAUUGGAUAUUGCUGUGAGGAUGAUCACAGGCUUCUGGUUUAUGAAUACAUGCCACUUGGAAACUUGGAGAAUAAACUAUUUAAUAAUUAUGCUGCAUCAUUGCCCUGGUUAACAAGAAUAAAAAUUGCAAUUGGUGCCGCACAAUGUCUGGCUUUUCUCCAUGAAGAACAGAUUCCGGUCAUAUACAGAGAUUUGAAACCUUCAAACAUCUUACUGGAUACAGAUUACAGUUCCAAGCUCUCUGAUUUUGGAUUGGCAACAGAUGGUCCACAGGGAGAUGUUUCUCACAUCACAACAAGUGUCAUGGGCACAGAGGGCUAUGCAGCUCCCGAAUACAUAAAUACUGGUCACUUGACGGCUAUGUGUGAUGUGUAUAGUUUUGGAGUGGUUCUGCUGGAGCUAUUAACCGGCAGGAAAUCUAUUGACAAGAGCCGUCCCAGAAGAGAACAAGAUCUUGUUGAAUGGGCGAGGCCACUGUUGAAGGACUUUAACAAACUAGAGCAAAUAAUUGAUCCAAGACUUGAGGGUCAGUACUCAACUGAGGGAGUUAAGAAGGCUGCAGCCUUGGCUUAUGACUGCCUGAGCCAUCACCCCAAGUGCAGACCCACAAUGAACGCAGUGGUCAACACAUUGCAGCCUCUUCUGGACUUAAAUGACAUCCCCAUGGGACCCUUUGUCUGCACUGCUUCAAGUGAUGGUAGCAUUACUCAUGUGCACAGUAAUGCACAAAAAUAUCAACAAAAGGAUGAGGGAAGGGAAGAAAUUGGCCGCCAUCGACUCCGAAAAGGUCGCCGGCAAAGGCGUAGAAUCAGGCCAUCAAGGUCUAGAGCAGUAUAUUCUGAUACUGCCUUGUAUAAAACUCUUGGCACAAGCUUAUACUCCCCCAGAAAAUAGAAGGCAUAGGGGACAAAGCAUUUUUUUUUUAUUUGUGUGAUGUAACCUUACAACAGUUCUAUAUUGUAAAAAGGAGAAAGUGGUUAUUGAAAAAAUAUAAAUUAGCCCAAAUUGUGAACUUGGAGAAAAA